AUGAGAAACAAAAAAAAACAUCAUUAUGGAGAUUCUUCUGUUCAUUAUCUAUCUAUCUAUCUAUCUAUCUAUCUAUCUGUCUGUCUGUCUGUCUGUCUAUCUAUCUCAGUCUGUUCAUUAUCUAUCUCUCUAUCAAUCUAUCUAUCUAUAUCAGUCUGUUUAUAUCUAUCUAUCUAUCUAUCUAUCUAUCUAUCUAUCUAUCUAUCUAUCUAUCUAUCUAUUACAGUCUGUUCAUAUCUAUCUAUCUAUCUAUUUAUCUAUCUAACACAGUCUGUUCAUAUCUAUCUAUCUAUCUAUCUAUCUAUCUAUCUAUUUAUCUAUCUAACACAGUCUGUUCAUAUCUAUCUAUCUAUCUAUCUAUCUAUCUAUCUAUUUAUCUAUCUAACACAGUCUGUUCAUAUCUAUCUAUCUAUCUAUCUUUCUAUCUAUCUAUCUAUCUAUCUAUUUAUCUAUCUAACACAGUCUGUUCAUAUCUAUCUAUCUAUCUAUCUAUUUAUCUAUCUAACACAGUCUGUUCAUAUCUAUCUAUCUAUCUAUCUAUCUCAAUUUCGGACGAGUGAUACCUUUCAGCACACCUUUGCGCACCUCUCUCUCCCUCCCUCCCUCUCUCUCUCCCUCUCCCUCUCUCUCUCCUACUCUCUCUCUCCCCCUCUCCCCCUCUCUCUCCCUCUUUCUCCCCCCUCUCUAUCUCACUCUCAUAAUAAUGAUACCUGA